AUGCUUGCUACCUACGUGCUAGUGCCACACAUAAAAGAUGACCGCCGCAAAGUUCCCUCCGUCCUUUCGGCUGCAACCCUCGACCUCUGCUCAAAACCGUCUAUCAUAAGAGUUGUCACGCCUGCACGCCCGUCCUCCUCCUCCAAUCAUCACCACACUGCGGCGAAACCGUCUGAUUCUUCGAAUGCUGUCGUGAAGGUGAAGGCUAAGCCUACGAGUCAGAAGCCCAGUGCGACAAAGACGUCGACUCCUGUAAAGAAAGCUCACACCGUUACGACAACGUCAAAGAGUGCAUCGUCUCAUGUAAGAGUUCCCUGA